UGUCGCUCUCUCUCUCUCUCGCUCCUCCCCUCCCACCUCUCUCUGUGUUUGCGUGCGUGCCGCGUUCCGUGUGCGUGAGUGCAACAGGCGUCGUGUGCGAGCAGAGCGUUCAGACUACGAGUCUUCGCACGCGACAGCGGGGGGGCGAGGCGGUCCCGACAAAAGCGGUUUCCUGCACCCUCCCCAUCCCUCCCUCCCUCCCACGUCUCGCGCUCACCUGGAUCUGCUGCAGUCCGCACCAGCAUCACCCCCGGGCAAGACAAAAGCCUCGCCAUGUCGGACCCAAACCUCUCGGAGGACCAAAUGGUCCACCAACCUCAACAGCACCACGCCAUGUGGCCCAUCACAGUGCAGGCCUUCCUCCUCCUCCUCUCCGCCUUCUUCCUCGCGCUCGCCGCCCUGCAGAAGAAGCGAGCGGCGACGUCUCCAUCGACGUCGACGCCGCCACCGUCAUCCUACCCGACUCCGCGCGGCCCGUUCGCUUGGCCCCUCGUCGGCAACGCCAUGGAGCUGGGCAGCGCUCCGCACGUCACCCUGGCUCGCUGGAGCAAAGUCUACGGCGACGUCAUGAAGAUACAGAUCGGCUCGCGUCCCGUGGUAGUGCUCAGCGGCCUGGAGACCAUCAGGCAGGCGCUCGUGCGCCAAGGCGACAGCUUCGCCGGGCGGCCAAAGUUCGAGUCCUUCUCGAUCGUGGGUAACGGCCUGAGCCUGGCGUUUAACAGCACGUACGGGCCCACGUGGAAGGCCCACAAGAGGAUGGCGCAGGGGGCACUGAGGGCCUUCUCCGAAGAGGAGGCGCGGCCGUCGACGGGAACCUCGACUGCGUCGGCGUCAAUGUGCGCUUUGGAGGAGCACGCCGCGUCCGAAGCCGCGGAGCUGGUGCGGAUCUUCCUGGAGGGCAGCAAGGCCGCGACCGGCGCCGCGGGCGGCACCGCCGCCCGCGGCAGCGGCGUCGACGGCCCCCGGCCGCCGACCGCGAAAGCCGGGUUCGACGCCGUGCAGCCGCUGGCGCUCGCCGUGGCGAACGUGAUCACCGCGCUGCUUUUCGGCAAGCGGUACGCGCACGACGACGAGGAGCUGGCGGGCAUCGUGGCGCUGGCCCACGACUUCGUGAAGGUGACGGCGGCCGGCAACAUCAGCGACUUCGUGCCGGCGGCGCGCCUCCUGCUGCCCUCGUGCCGCGACAGCAUGCGGCGCUUCACGGCGCUCAACCAUCGCUUCUCCGAGUUCAUCAGGCGCCGCGUGUCCGAGCACCACAGGGCCCACGACAAGAGCAACAUGACGGACGUCACUAGCUGGCUCAUCUCGCUCAGCCAGGACUCGAAGUUCGACGAGAACGGGAACGUGGAGUUCCCGCUGGACAAGGUGGCCUCCAUCGUGUCGGACUUCUUGGGAGCCGGGUUCGACACCAUCUCCACGACACUCAGCUGGAGCAUGCUGUACCUCGCCGCCUACCCGGACACACAGGAGCGUAUCCACCGGGAGCUUGACGCAGUGGUGGGCAGGCAGAGACGACCGUCACUCAACGACCGCCGCCAGUUACCCUUCACGGAAGCCUUCAUCCUGGAAGUGCUGAGACACUCGUCCGUGGUUCCAUUCACCAUCCCACACAGCACCACUCGCGACACCGUGCUGCAGGGCUUCUUCAUUCCCAAAGACACCUGCAUCUUCAUCAACCAGUGGCAGGUGAAUCACGACAGCGCGCUCUGGGACGAGCCGUUCGCCUUCCGUCCCGAGCGCUUCCUGAGCGAGGAUCAGUCAUCCGUGGACCGCACGCGCGCCGCCAACCUGCUGUCCUUCGGCACGGGCAAGCGACGCUGCAUGGGCGAGGCGGUGGCUCGCUCCGAGCUCUUCCUCUUCCUCUCCAUCCUCCUGCACCACCUGCGGAUCCGCACGGCCGACGGCCAAGCGCCCGACAUGUCCGCGGUGUACGGCCUCUCGCUCAAGCACCGCACGUGCCUGCUGCUAGCCGAGUCGCGGAGCUGAGCACGCGCGCUGCACGUGCUCUUACGUGUGUGUGUGUGCGUGCGUGCGUGUGUGUGUGCGCUGGGGCGGUGGUGGCCGCUCACCACCACCCCC